AUGGCAUCUUCCAUGAACUCUCAUGGGCCCUCAGACUCGAAACUGGCCAAAGCUGCUAAAGACAAGAGCGAAUGGGAACGAAGCACUUGGAACUCGGAGUAUGUUACGUAUGUUGACGGCAAGAUCUUUAGCGCAUCUGUUCACAAAGAAUUGCUCUGUUUCUUCUCGCCCUACUACACCGCUGCACUCAAAGGAAUCUUCGCCGAAGCACUGAACAAAACUCUCACUCUGGAUCUUCCCAACCAUCAGAUGGCUAAUCUUGUCUCGUGGCUGUAUUCCGGCAACACCAUCGACUUCACAGAAUAUGACUUGCUCGAUCUCUACGUCUUCGCUGACGAGAAGAUGAUGCUGGCUUUCCGCAGAUCGAUCAUGACCAGACUCAUUCAAUUUCAUGACCCAGGUUACGAACACAUGGAGGACGAUCUCGCGAUGCCAUAUGUAAAGCGCCUGCCUGAAAGCUCUGGCCUGUUUCGCUAUUUCAUCGAUUACUGGGUCGGGAUGGCAGAGUGGGAUGUUGAUGGCCGUAUUCCUAGAAAAUUUUUCUAUGAAGCACUUGAAAGGUUCGGCAGUCUUAGUGAAGACAACCACUCGGAAGCCAAAUCAGGAGACCACAGAACUUGUCUGGCAAGAGCAUGCAACUACCAUGAGCAUGUAAACAAGACCGAAUGGCGUGAAAGUACGUGGGAAUACAAAAACAUGUUGCAAACUUGUGCUGACAUACGCAGCUUGUGGUCGAAUCCCAAGACAUGA